AUGGCGAAUAGCCAAAGUUCAAGAGCGAUUGACGAUGCUCUUUUCGAUGCUGUUGUGCAAAAGGACGUAGAAAAGGCCUCCGAAGCAAUCGCGAAGAGCGCUGACGUCAAUGUUGUAGCAAGAGAUGUGGGAGACUAUGGUACUGAAUUUGGUGGUUAUCCAUCUGCUCUUCAAGUAGCGUGUGGUGUGGGAUCAACCGAUAUGGUUGAUCUACUUAUAAGAAAAAAAGCCAAUGUGAAGUAUCAAGAGAAGUGGUUUGGAUGGACAGCUCUACACUAUGCAAGUAGAGGUGGUCAUGUGUCUAUUAUGAAGAGAUUAAUAUCUUGUGGUUGCAAUAGACAAGUGAAAAACCAUAUUGGAUUUACAGCUUUACACGUUGCUGGUAAUGUUGAUGUUGUUGAUUAUCUGUUGAGUAUUGGUCUCAACAUUGAAGAUCGUCAUGAGUGGGGCUACACACCAUUUUUCAGGGCAUGUCUUGAUGGUCGUUUACCUGUAGUACAACGUCUCAUUGAAUCAAAGUGCAACAAAGCAGCAACAACUAAUGUAAGUUUGUUUGUAUGUAACAUAUUUUGUGAUGACAUUCAAACUGUUGUUUGUACAUGGGAGGAUUGGCAAGUGUCUGUGAUGGUAGGAAGUGUGUGUGUAACAUGAUUGCACUGCAGAUUUGGUUCUCCAUGGUGUGCAGUGCUUUUUUGCACGUGAUGUGGCGGGAGAGCACGUGAGAGGGCUGGGAGAGAGUGGUUAUUGGGUCUUUGCUAUUUUAUGAGUUCGGAAUUAGGCGUGAAGACUUGCUUUGUUAUUACCCUAGCAGAGUCUCACAGUCAUUAGCUCUAACUCUCUACUUACAAUGAUUUGAGAAGCAUGCAGUUCAUGUAAUGCUUGGCGAUUGCAAACCAGUGU